AUGGCUCCGCCUCCCCCACAGCCAUUGGCCUCGAAAGAGCGCUCGCUUUUCACCCAGGUGGUCAAGAACUACGAGAACAAACAGUACAAGAAAGGUCUGAAAGCUGCUGACCAGAUCCUACGAAAAAGCCCUGAUCAUGGCGACACCAUCGCCAUGAAAGCGCUCAUCAUCAACUCGCAGGGGAACUCCGAGGAAGCAUUUGCAUUGGCGAAAGUGGCACUUAAAAACUCCAUGAAAUCGCAUGUCUGUUGGCACGUCUACGGUCUUCUUUACCGGUCAGCCAAAAACUUCGAAGAGGCAAUCAAAGCAUACAAAUUUGCGCUGAAGCUGGAGCCGGAAUCACAGCAGAUACAGAAGGACUUGGCUUUGCUGCAAAUACAGAUGCGAGAUUACCAAGGUUACUUACAGAGCCGACGAGCAAUCUUACAACAGCGGACUGGUUGGAGGCAGAAUUGGACGGCGCUGGCAGUCGCACAGCAUCUAGCAGGGGAUCUUGCCAAUGCGGAGAGGACCUUGACGACCUACGAAGAGACUCUGAAGUCUCCGCCACCGAAGACCGACACCGAGCACGCCGAGGCUAUCUUGUACAAGAAUUCUAUAAUCGCGGAGAUGGGCGAGAAGGAGCGUGCUUUGGAGCACUUGGACGCAGCAGCAAAGAACAAUCCAGACCGGACAUCAGUGAUGGAGCUACGGGCGCAAUACCUACUUAACUUGGGUAGGAAAGAAGAGGCAGCAAAGGCGUAUCAUCUGUUGCUGAAACGCAACGCAGAGUACCGAGCGUAUUUUGAAGGACUUGAAGAGGCCUUGGGGCUCGAUAAGUCCAACGUCGAAGAACUUAGAAAGCUGUACGGAGACGUUGCAAAAGACAAUCCCAGAGGAGAUGCUGCGACGAGGAUACCCCUGGAGUUUCUGGAGGGUGAUGAGUUUCGCGAAGCUGCCGACCAGUACCUGCAACGUAUGCUGCAUAAGGGCGUCUGGUCGACCUUCAACAAUGUGAAAGCUUUAUACUCCGACUCUCAAAAGCGGGACACGAUACAGGAUUUGGUAGAGGGUUAUGCAGCUGGCAUGCUCAAUACCCAAGCUAACGGAUCAGCUGAAAGGCAAAUCAAUGGCGACUCAGACCUGUUCACACCUUCCGUACGAUACUUUCUAGCUCAGCAUUACAACUAUCGUUUGAGUCGGGACUUGCCAAAAGCCAUGAAAUACAUUGAUGAGGCCCUAAGCUCGGCACCAGAAUCUGUGGAGUACCAUAUGACGAAAGCUAGGAUAUGGAAACAUUACGGCAACCUCCAGAAAGCUGCAGAGUUGAUGGAGGAAGGCAGGACACUGGACGUCAGAGAUCGAUAUAUCAAUACUAAGGCCGCGAAGUAUCAACUACGAAAUAAUGAGAACGAAGCAGCUAUCCAAAACAUGGGCAAAUUCACAAGGAACGAAGCUUUGGGUGGACCUCUUGGAGAUCUCCAUGACAUGCAGUGUGUUUGGUACAUAACAGAAGACGGCGAAUCAUAUAUACGUCAAGGCAACCUCGGUCUAGCUCUGAAAAGAUUCACGUCCAUCUCCACAAUUUUUGAGAUAUGGCAAGAAGAUCAAUUUGAUUUCCAUAGCUUUUCGUUGCGAAAGGGUCAAAUCCGAGCAUACGUUGAUAUGAUGAGGUGGGAGGACCAUCUUCGAGAACAUCCUUUCUUCACGCGUGCUGCGGUCUCGGCUGCACGGAUAUACGUAAUGCUCCAUGAUCAACCCGAUCUUGCUCAUGCUAAGAUGACCAACGGAGUGAACGGAGAGAAGAUGGAUAGUGCGGAACGUAAGAAAGCGCAGAAAAAGGCGAAGAAGGACCAGGAGAAGCAGGCUAAAGAGGAAGCGGAGAGAAAGGACUCCAAGAAGCCUGGAGCCGUUGAUCAGAACGGCGAUCCUAAGAAAGAGGAUAAAGACCCCAAAGGCGAGAAGCUGUUGCAGACGUCGGAGCCUCUAGUAGAGGCUAUGAAGUUCGUCACGCCACUUCUUGAGUUCAGCCCAAAGAACAUAAAGGCCCAGCAGGUGGGUUUCGAGGUGUUCCUCCGGCGAAAGAAAUACCUGCUUGCGCUCCGCACUCUCCUAGCAUCCAACGCCCUCUCGUCCUCAGACCCAACUACCCACGAACAAGCCAUUCGCCUUGGACACACCUUCCGUACACAGACCGAACCACCGGACCGCAAAGUUCAAGAAGUUAUCGCUGCCGAAUUUGACCCAGUUCUUCCCGCCACUGCCGACCUCUCGAAACACAACGAUGACUUCCUGCAAAAACACCAUAAGAGUGCCCCGCAUGUGCAAGCAUGCCUAAAAGUGAGGCAACUUCUGGAUCCGAGCAGUAGCGACAAGAACCAGCAGGAUGUCAUCAGGACGCUAGCACUUGAAGGGAGUAGUCUAGAGGAUGCUGUACGAGGGUUGGAGCUGCUGAAAGAAUGGAAGGCAAAGGAUCAGUACCGAGAUGACUAUCUGGCUGCGGCGCACGAAAGAUGGCCUGAAGCUACCGCUUUUAAGAAGAAAGGAGACUGA